CUAUUAAAAGGAAAAGAUAAUUAAAUCAGAACGAAUAUCUCGAUUAUCCGGCUUCUAUUUGGAUCUAGUAUAUUAAAGCGGAGCGUUUGUCCCCGUUUUUACGAAAAUCUCCAUUAUCCGGCUCUGUUUUAAAGCUUUAAUCCCGAUACAAAUGUUAAUUCCGAGAUUAGUUAAGCCUCUGUUUACUAUAUCCAAACUUAAAUCGAGAUUGGCUAAUUUACUCGUUUUUUUUAAUGAAGAGCCAAUAGAUAGAUUAUGAUUAAUUAAAAAUAAGACUAAACAUAUAUAAAUAUCGGCGUCAAACAUUCGUAAUGUUUACGUCAUUCGCGAGAUCUUUAUUAAUGUUCAAGGAUAAUCGGCGCUCCUGGCGUAAGAGCGGCAACCCCCUCGGCGACAAUAGACUGCACGUGCGUAUUGGAUUGUGCGCAGUAGACGGAUUGUCGAACAGUUCAUCUUGCCCACUCGAAAGGAAAGUUGGCAUCCGAUAACGACAGGAUUUAACUUUUGAGCGAUGUUUGCCACCAUCGCGUGCGUUAACGUUAAAAUUAACGUUAACCACGCCCUCUCGUUCGUCAACUGAUUAGUAUUGUUCAGAUUUUCAAAUAAUUCUUAGAUAAUUUAUUGAUAAAACACGCCGAAGAACAAGGAGGAGGGAAAAAUGGGACAUCCCACUCAGUGGCAAGAGCACCAAGAGGAUCUCAAUUCGGACUCUCUAAAAUGGGAAGAGUUUUUCGGUACGUCGGUGGACAUAGCGUCCGUACUUCUAGACAUGUAUGACAGUUUACUUGCCAAAAAUAAGGCGGAGAAAGUCGAACAUCCACCCAGAAUCGUAACCAUGAGAGAUAAAAGUGGAGUACGAGAUACCAGGUGCUAUUCGGAUCCGAGAGCGGGUCACUAUCACGAAAAGAAGAGGCCCUUAAGUACGAGUUCUGUAUCGUCGUCGUCAUCGUCGUCUUCCUCCUCCCUACCCAGAAACGAUGUCAAAAAGUCUUAUCUGGCCAGUAUAGAGAGUCUAGAAGACGACGAAUUUAGCGAGGACGGGAGUAGGUCCCAGACUAAUAACUCAACUCCAAAUCAGCAGAUGGGUAGAGCCAAGUGGUGCGAUCCAAAUUUAAGUCACAUUGACAGAGUUUUACUAGAAAUAGUCGAAACCGAGAGGACUUACGUACGUGAUCUCAAUCAAAUCAUUCAGGGUUAUCUACAUCACAUUUCUUCUCACAAAGAAACGAAGAUUAGUCAACAGAACCUGAUUGAUUUGUUUAGCAACAUUGAAGAUAUUUAUCAAUUUAAUAGUACAUUUUUGGACGAAUUGGAAAAAUGUGGCUUAGAUCCCGUAGCGGUGGCAAGAUGUUUUGUAAAGAAUUCUAGCGGAUUUGUAAUAUAUACUCAAUAUUGCACUAAUUAUCCUAAGACCGUAUCCAUAUUGACCGAUACCAUGAGGAAUGCCGAAACUGCCGAAGUAUUGAAAGAACGACAGACAGCUCUUCAUCACAGUCUACCUCUAGGUUCCUAUUUACUUAAACCAGUCCAAAGAAUAUUAAAAUAUCACUUGUUGUUGCAGAACAUUGUGAAAAAUUCAGACAAAGAAACUGAAGGUUAUGCGGACAUAAAAAAUGCGCUCUCCGUGAUGACCGGAAUAGCUUAUCAUAUCAAUGACAUGAAACGUAAACACGAACAUGCAGUGCGCGUUCAAGAAAUCCAAUCUCUUCUUUAUGGCUGGGAAGGUCAAGAUUUGACUACUUAUGGAGAACUGGUAGCCGAAGGUACUUUUAGAAUGUUUCGUGCAAAAGCUCUCAGGCAUUUAUUCCUUUUUGACAAGAUGCUUCUCAUUGCUAAAAAGCGAGAAGAAGGAAUUCUCUGUUACAAAACACAUAUUAUGUGUUCCAAUUUGAUGUUAAUCGAAAGUAUUCAGGGAGAACCGUUGUGUUUUCAUGUAAUUCCGUUUGACAAUCCUCGUUUCCAAUAUACUUUUCAGACUCGUAAUUUAGAACAGAAACGAGAAUGGUGUUUGCAGUUAAAGCGAGUCAUCCUAGAAAAUUACAAUGCCGUCAUUCCCUCUCACGCCCGACAGCUCGUUAUGGAAUUGGGACAGAAUAGACAAGAAGAUGGCAGUAUCGAAAAGAGCACAAGUAGAAGGUUGUUGUCGGCUCCUGAAUAUUUGGAAAGGAGGAAAAACGAGAGAAGGAAAUCCGAAAUUAGUCUGAACAGAGCUUUUCGACUCAAAAGAGGAACAAGAAAGGGGAAUUUGUUAACGCCCAAAACAUCACCUGCUGUUAACCGGAAAGAGAGACAACAGGAUAUUUUGGAACAGGAUAGUACGGCUGAUGAUCAGAAUAGUGACAAUGGAGAAAAAUAUUCCGAAACCAAGAAUGAUACAAAACAAACACCGAAAAAUUUGGAUAAUAACAAACUGGCAAGGAAUGGUAAUCAUUUAUUGUCGGUUGACGAUAAAAAUCCACAAAAUUCUGAGAGGAAUGGCAGAAAAGAUCAUUCUAGACAUAAUUGGAAAGCAUGGAAUAGUUUUCCAGGUGAAACAACAGAUACUGAACCUGAAGAUUGCUUAGAAAGAAUUGAUUUAUAUCAUUUACUACAGUACCGUCCAUCAACUCAAUCAAUUAGCGAAUCGAAGAUCCUAGAAAGAAGUGACGAUCAGUCUGGUGAAUAUGUAACGUUUUUCUUUGCCAAUUCUCAUGCUCGUAGAACGGAAGAAUCUAAUUUAGAUUUAACAGACGAAAGCUAUGUUUCUGGAGAAUUUGAUAUACAAGAUAUUGAAGAAAUGCAGCAUCAAAAUUCUGUAAAUAAUCUAGCUGUAUCAAAAUCUGUUGACACACUCUCUAUGUGUGUCAUUCCUGAUAAGGAAAAUUUAAAAUCAGAAAUAAACAAAAAUAAAUCAGACAGCUUGAAAAGCAUUGAAAACAUUCAAGAAAAAACUAUUUUGCAAAGGAAACAUGGCAAUGGAGAGAAUGAAACACCUACAAAAUUAUGGAAAAAUAACGCAGCUAUUCGCAGAGUUCAGUCUUUUACAGGAAUGGCAAAAGCAAAAGUUGCAUCUCUUCAACACACAUUAUCAUUUCGUCAGAGUGCAUCUGUAGGAAAUACACCAAGAAAAUCAAUUGCGGAACUUCCUCCAAAGAAACCAAACAGUUUACAUUUGCCAUUCCAUUCCCAAAGACUUCCGUCUCUUGAAGAUUUAAGUCCGAUCACACCAGAAUCGUGGUUAAAACUUCAGCACGAACAUCUUGCCAAAAGCUGUGCGAAAUGUGGUUCACUUCCUAGAAGUUUCCAGCUUAAUCAAGAAAGUAGUACUUAUUCAAAAGAAUCAUUUAUGCCAAAUUCUCUUCCUAAUUCACCCGAUACUAAUCAGAAGCCAAAGUUGAGAAUUGGCAUUAAAACCCAAUAUAGUGAACAGCGACCGCAUACCAUAGCCUCGGAUAAACCUCAAAAUGUCGAAAUGAAUGACGAAUUUGAAAAUUAUAUCAAUCCGCCUUCGUCCGAAAGAAGUUUUUCUAUAACUGGUGACGAAGAACAAGAUACUACUGGAUGUACAAAUACACCUGCAUUAAGUAUGGAAAAUGUUCAUUCCAUCCAUCCCGAACAUAAAAUCUACCAUCAAGCAGCAUCUAAAUACAUUGCUCUUAAAAAUGUAUUCUGUAAUGUGAGUUCUAAGCUUGCAGGAUUAAAAGCUACCAUAGCACCUCAUCUCUUAUCAGAUUAUACAGAUUCGUGUUCAAACAUAUCAAUUAGUAGCGACUGUAGUAUACGGCACGAUGGUUUUGAUAAAUCAAGUAGCCAAAGUAGCAUUAGAAUUGAAAAAGAUUUGAGUCCUAAAGUUUUAACUACAAAAUUAGUACAGUCAGUGGCAAAAGCAUACACAUCAGUAAUUAAGCAGCAUUUAAAGAAGCACGAUGGCAACAAAAAACUCGUAAAUCCAUCUGUUUACUUUACCCCUCCAAAAUUGCCACUUCCAUUCUAUAAACAGGGUAGUUCUGCCAUCGGUGCUCGCAUGGCUUGUCCAUUAGAAAGUGAAUAUAGUGUUCCAAAGAACUGUACACCAGUACAGCAAACAAAGUAUACAAAAGAUGCAGAUCUUAGACCCGACAGCUUAUUCUCCGAAUCGUCUAGCGAAGGAGAUAAAACUUUAACUCGUGAAAAUGCAUCACUCGCAGCGAGCGGCUUUAAAUUGCUAGACGACGACCACGAAGACACUCCGUCGGAAACCAGCGACACGUCUAUCGACAGUUAUUACGAACGGACGUUCGAUGCCAUCGAAAGUGUAUUUACGGAUGAAAUUUUUAGAGAUUCUGCAAUUUACAGUGACCCAGAAGAUGCAGAUUUUUCUAACGGAGAAUCUUCCCUAAACAGCGAUUCUUUCUCGAGAAAAGAGUCACGCCAAACAACCACAAAUAUGAAUCGUAACAACACUUCCGAUUCGUCCCUGGAACUUCUGUGUAAAAGACCUGUUAACAAAGCUAUUAUCGAAAGACUUCAAAUACUGGAAGCAAAUGCAAAAUUUCGUAAGAAUAACUUAUUUGGAUUUUCGGAAGAUUCUAAAAGCAACAGAAGUAGAAAUGCCGAUGCCGAAAACUGUCACAACUGUUUGCAGGACUGCGAAAGCGAAACGAGUUCGGAACAUUCUGCUUCUACGGUUUUGACGGUCACGCCGUCUUCGCCCGUCAACAACGCGAUUAAAACUCAGACGAGGGCCAAAGGAUGGGUAAAGCACGUAGUCGACAAAUUCCAAAGCGAAAGCUACUCGGGAUAAUUUAUAAAGAAGUGCCUUGCACUACAAAACACACACAAUUAAGUGCCAAAGUAUCCAUCUACAUGGAACUUUAUGACUAAAGUAAGCAAUGUUAACUACUAAAGUGUUUUAUACACAGUAUUGCCUUCAGUUUGUACUGUUGCAAGUUACUACAUUCUUGUUAAAUAACAUUGUCUUAACAGUAUUUGAUAGAACAUAUUUUUAUAUAUCAAAAUUUGUAAAAUUUUUCUUUUGCAAUGAUAAACACACAAAUAAUUUACAGUUUUACAUGGUCAGUUUGACAUUAGAAGUGGUGUUGAGUGCCUUAAGUUAUUUUUAUACGAGUAUUAUUAUUAUUGUUGUUGUUGUUAUGAUUGUCAAUAUUGUCAAAUGAUUUUGCAAAAUUCAAAUCAAUGUAUUAAGGACCAACUUUCUUUUUGUGUAAAAUAUUUACAGAAUUCUAACAUAAAUUAAUAUAAUUGAGCGUUAGAUGAGUUUUUAAUAUAUAUUUAUUGUAAAAAUAUAUGAUUACUUGUUUAUAGAACCGUUUAACAUCCUCACAUAUCAAACAAAGCAGGUUUUAUGAGAAAUUGCAAUAUUUUACCAAACUUUUUCAUUAACACAAAUUUCAUUCUCAGUCCAAAAAUCAUAAUUUUUUGACAAAAUGGCAACAUAUCAGACUCUUGCAAGAUUUUUGUGAUCAAAAUUUAUGAGAUAACUUAUAAAUAAAAGUUUUUUUGUUAUUUAUAAUAAGCAAAAAUUAACAAACUUGCAGCAGUACAUUGUUUUAGUGCCAAUUCUCAUUUGUAAAUGAAUGAUUGGUUCUAAUAUUUGAAUUUUAAUAUAUAUAUAUAUAUAACUUGUUAUUCCAUUUAUGUAAUAAUUAUAUAUACUUUGUAAAGGAACGGUACGAGUUCCGCGUUGACGUUGUAAUAUAAAUUUUUCUCGUAGCGCCGUAUUUAAAUAUUAAUUAAUUGUAAAAAGUAGCGAAUCUUUAAAUAAUUUGCUUUUCUUUUUGUUCUAAAAUUGAUAUUCGGAAAUCAAAAUGUUUUAAAAGUUAUAACCGUCAAAUUUUUUUUAUUAAGAUAAAAGAAUAUUAAAAUAUCAAGUUUUUGGAUUAACAAAAAAUAAAGAUGCCAGCGUGCACCAAAUUCGAGAGAAUAGAGUAUGUCUAGUCAAUACUUGUAUUCGAUGCCAACCGUACUAAAUGAGAAAAGAGCACGUGUCAAACAUUGCUUCUAUCUUUCUUUCGUUCUUUAAAAUAAUCAAAGCGAACUUUGCGAAAUGUCAGAGUGCCGGAAGCUAUUCGCAUCGUAAUUGCCAUUUCCCUUAAUUGGAUCGUUUUAAUUGGGACCAAUAUUAAUUUCUUAUCUUUACACAGUAGUGGUUUUAGGUAAGGCACUAGGCAAAUGUGGGCUUGCCGGGCCCUUUUUUGUGUAGAUUUUUAUUACGUAAAAUACAGGAUAUUAUGUAGCGUAGUGUAGGAUCUAGAUGGAAUGUGGGCGGACACUCGGAAGUCACUAAAAGCCAAAGCCUAGGUUGCCUACGCCUAAAGCCGCUACCAUCUUUAUACCAUUUUGAAUAUCUUUAUAUCACUAUGUUCACUUUUUUAAAAAAAUAUUUGCUUAAGAACUAAAACAUCAAUUUUUUUUGUAAUUUUAUAUGCUACAAUUGUUAAAUUGUGAUUUUUUUUAUGUAUAUACAUAUGUAUGUAGGUAUUUAUAAGUAUACAUACAUACAUAUAUUUCAUUCCAAUAGAUAAGCAUAUUAGCAAAACUUUUUUUAUAUUCAUGUUUAUAGAAACACUGCCACAAAAGUUCAAAAUACCCUCUUCUAAUGGCAAUACAUGUAUAUUAUUUUCUGUGCUUGUAAUUAAAUGUUUGUUUACUAAGUGCCAGUAUUAAUUCAUGUAGUAAACGUGAAAAAACAAAAUCUGCGUGGCUGGACUACAAUGUAGCAACUUACAAUGCAAUAAAUUUAGUAUAGAAACUA